AUGUCAAUAGGAACAACCUUACUAAAUACUACAGCAACAACAGUUGCUGCAUCAACUACCGAAAUCUAUUUUUAUAAAUUCUUAGUAACCCAUCAAGUAUUUUAUAAAUCAAAAUAUACAUAUGCAUUAGUGAAUAUAAAACCAUUAGUCCCAGGACAUGUACUAAUCGUCCCGCUUCGAACCACCGUAUUACGAUUCGGGGAUUUAACCCCUGAUGAAUCCGUUGAUUAUAUGAAUACCCUACAACUAAUUCAUAAAUUUAUUCAACGGACUUAUGCUGCCGAUGCAUUAAAUAUUGCCAUUCAAGAUGGACCAGAAUCGGGACAGUCGGUGCCGCAUUUACAUACUCAUAUCAUACCCCGAUAUUCAAGUGAUGGAUAUGGGGAUAGUAUAUAUACGAAAUUGGAGAAAUAUGAUCUUGAGGUAUUAUAUCAACAAUUCGAAACCAGGAAAAAGUUAUAUAUUGAACUGGGAAGUGUCAAUGCGUUGAGUAAGAAGGAUGAAGAGAGGAGUGCUAGGAGUGAGGAGGUGAUGAAGAAGGAGGCUGAUUGGUUGAGAGAAGAGAUUGAACGAUUCUUGGAAGAUGUAGAUUGA